UUAGUUCUGUAAUGAACUUUGUCUGCCUUUCUUGUGCAGGAACCAGUAGACCCUCUAAAGGAAGAAGUCUCAUUGGUAAGAUCGAUGACCCACCUCAAGUCUCAGGAAAAGGAGUGACAGUGGAACCAGGCUUUUCUGUGGAUGAGUUUUCUGAGUCUGUCCUCACUGGAAAACUGACGACCAUCUUCCUUCCAGCUGUCUACACAGUUGUAUUUGUGGUUGGUCUGCCAAGUAACGGCAUGGCCCUGUGGGUCUUUCUUUUCCGAACAAAGAAGAAACACCCUGCUGUGAUUUACAUGGCCAAUCUGGCCUUGGCCGACCUCCUCUCUGUCAUCUGGUUUCCCCUGAAGAUCGCUUAUCACAUCCAUGGCAACAACUGGACUUACGGCGAAGCUCUCUGCAAGGUGCUCAUUGGCUUUUUCUAUGGCAACAUGUACUGCUCCAUCCUCUUCAUGACCUGCCUCAGCGUGCAGAGAUACUGGGUCAUCGUGAACCCCAUGGCACACCCCAGGAAGAAGGCCAACAUUGCCAUCGGUGUCUCCCUGGGAAUCUGGCUGCUGAUUCUGCUGGUCACCAUCCCCUUGUAUGUUGUGAAGCAGACUGUCUUCAUUCCCGCCCUUAACAUCACAACCUGUCACGAUGUUUUGCCGGAGAAGGUGUUGGUGGGGGACAUGUUCAACUACUUCCUCUCUCUGGCCAUUGGCGUCUUCCUGUUCCCAGCCUUCCUCACGGCCUCCACCUAUGUGCUGAUGAUCAAGACACUGAGGUCUUCGGCCAUGGAUGAAAAUUCGGAGAAGAAAAGGAAGAGAGCCAUCAAACUCAUUAUCACAGUUUUGGCCAUGUACCUGAUCUGUUUUACCCCCAGUAACCUUCUGCUCGUGGUGCAUUAUUUCCUGAUUAAAAGCCGGAGCCAGAGCCAUGUCUACGCCCUGUACAUCGUAGCCCUCUGCUUGUCCACCCUCAACAGCUGCAUUGACCCCUUUGUCUAUUAUUUCAUCUCACAAGAUUUCAGGGAUCACGCAAAGAAUGCGCUCCUUUGUCGAAGUGUUCGUACUGUAAAGCAGAUGCAAGUAUCCCUCUCUUCAAAGAAGUUCUCCAGGAAAUCCAGCUCCUACUCUACAAGCUCAACCAGCGUGAAGACCUCCUAUUGAGUUUUCCAGGUCCUCAGAAGGAAGCUGUAUGCUAGGAUGGAAGAUGUUAUGGAGACGGUCUGUUACUUCCUAACCGAGUGGGUAUCGCCACAUGCCAUGGAUAUGUAGCACAUCUCACAGCUUCAACAGCUUCUCUGUUUGUAGGAGAAGUCCCCAAGAUCAACACAGACGUCAGUUUCAGAAUUCCUCUACAUACUCAGAUGCUACCAGAAACUGAACUGAC